AUGACCAACCCCGACGCCCUCAGAGACAAAUUCUACGAGGACCUGCACGCCCUCUUGGCGACUGUGUCGAAGGCGGACAAGUUAAUUGUCCUUGGUGACUUCAACGCCCGCGUCGGCACAGACCAUACUGCCUGGAGAGGAGUGCUGGGUCCUCACGGUCUCCGCGGCUCAAACGACAAUGGUGUGCUGCUUCUACGCACCUGCGCAGAACACCGCCUCAUCCUGACGAACACGUUCUUCUGUCUGCCGGAGCGAGAGAAGGCCACCUGGAGGCAUCCUCGGUCGCGCCAGUGGCACCUGCUGGACUAUGUCCUCGUCCGGAGGCGAGAUCAGCGGGACGUGCUGGUGACGAAAGCGAUCGCGGGUGCUGACGGGUGGACUGACCAUCGCCUCGUCAUCUCGAAGAUGCGUAUUCGCCUACAGCCUCGCAGAAGACCACAAGGUAAGCGACCCCCAGGUAAGCUGAAUGUUGCCUUGUUGUCUUUGCCCGCUCACCAUCUUCAUUUCAGCAAUGAGUUAGCUCAACGGUUAGACAACCCCCCCAUCGCCGAUGCCGCCGCUGCCGAGAACGCCUCCGUGGAGAAACGCUGGUGUCAACUGCGAGACACGGUCCAGUCGACGCCGCUCGCUGUCCUCGGUCGCGCUCCCCGCCAACACCAGGACUGGUUCGACGACAACGACGCCGUCAUCAGAAAUCUGCUAGCUGAGAAGAACCGCCUACACAAAGUCUACGUAGAUCAUCCCACUGAUGCCACCAAAGCUGCCUUCUACCGCAGUCGCCGCCAACUUCAACAACGACUGCGCAAGAUGCAGGACGCCUGGACCGCUCGCAAAGCUGAGGAGAUCCAAGGGUACGCGGACCGCAACGAAUGGAAGAACUUCUUCUCUGCGAUCAAAGCUGUCUACGGUCCGGCGACGAAGGGCACUGCUCCUCUCCUCAGCGCCGACGGCAACACUCUCCUGACUGAGAAGACGCAAAUCCUGCAGCGAUGGGCCGAGCAUUUCCGAGGCGUCCUCAACCGCCCUUCCGUCAUCUCCGACGCCGCCAUCGAGCGUUUGCCGUAAGUGUAGACCAACGUGGAGCUCGACCUCCCGCCAUCUCUCCAGGAAACCAUCAGGGCCGUGCAGCAGCUCUCCAGCGGGAAAGCACCCGGAUCGGACGCAAUCCCUGCUGAGGUCUACAAGCACGGAGGUCCCCAACUGAUGGAUCACCUGACUGCGCUUUUCCAAGAGAUGUGGCGUCAAGGUGAAGUCCCGCAAGAUUUCAAAGACGCAACCAUCGUGCAUCUCUACAAGCGCAAAGGGAAUCGCCAAGUCUGCGACAAUUACCGCGGCAUAUCCCUGCUGAACAUCGCCGGGAAGAUCUUCGCCCGCAUCCUUCUCAACCGCCUCAAUAACCAUCUGGAACAGGGCCUUCUGCCGGAAAGCCAGUGCGGCUUCCGUCGUCAUCGUGGGACCACGGAUAUGAUCUUCGCCGCCCGUCAACUUCAGGAGAAGUGUCAGGAGAUGCGGACCCACCUGUACUCUACCUCCGUGGACCUGACGAAAGCCUUCGACACGGUGAAUCGGGAAGGACUGUGGAAGAUUAUGCAGAAAUUCGGCUGUCCGGAGCGAUUCACUCAGAUGGUGCGUCAGCUGCACGACGGUAUGAUGGCGCGAGUCACGGACAACGGAGCUGUCUCAGAGGCAUUCGCAGUGACCAAUGGAGUGAAGCAGGGCUGCGUACUGGCGCCUACCCUCUUCAGUCUUAUGUUCUCUGCCAUGCUGAUGGACGCGUACCGCGACGAACGCCCGGGAUUCGCAUCGCCUACAGGACGGACGGUCACCUCCUGA